CGUAAGAUAGUAAACAGCCGUCAUACACUUAAAGGAAAGCUAGCAUAAACGAAAACUAGCAUAAACAACAAUUCACAUCGAUUGUCAUGUUUUUGUAACAAAUUCAUCCCCACGAAGUGAAUGAAAGCAACAUCCUGAAAGGAAGAGAUUUCCAGGCCAGCGAUCUUGCUGAGAUUUUCGAUCUCCUUCCGGCUGGUCAUUGACAAAAGGUCCUUUUGCCUUCAGUGGUGGCUCUGGUCCAUAAAUCACGAGUGAAGGUCAGACUGGAGUCAGUCAAGUUAACCCUGCAAUGAAACCUCCUCCAGUACUCUGAGCCUGGGGGGCCUCGGGCCUACUGAGAUCCUAUAGCCCGUGCUUGCAUGUUCUUCUGCAAGACUGAGCCAUUGUGUUGUAAGAAGAACCCACCAGCUGCUUCCAGUGUGCGCCACAUGGCAAGAGACGGCUGAACUUACAGAGACGGGCAGCGGAGAUUGGUGACGUGGUGGACCAACUCGCUGGCGUAGUGUCGGCGCUGGCGGAAGAUGAUUCGGCAGACGAUGAUGCUCUGUGGUGCAGGGAAAUGUUCAGCCAGCAAGGCGACACAGUCCGUGUAUGUCUGUGCAGGUAACACGCAACAGGUAGAUGACAAGUAGACAAGACACUACCACUACUAAAGGAGAAUAGUAAACAACUAUGUUAACUCUCAACAGUAACUUUAGCAGCUAUUUACAGAAGUCUAGCAAAGCAUGCUGGGAAGCAGGAAGUGCUCCCAGCGACGCCACAAUAUGCAAUGCUUUUGCUACUGAAACCAGUGGAACCCUGUACGCCUUAACCUAUUAUAUUCAAAAUAAGCCUGCAAGAGCCGAAUGCAUGGGUGUCCAAAUGUUUUCCACAUAGGGCCACAUACUAAAAAAAAAUCAAAGAUUUGGGGGUCAUUUCGGAGGUAGUUUUAACAGAGUUGGGAUGGUGCCUGUGUGAAAGGCUCUCCUGCAAUGCCGGAACCGGAGUAUGAAGUCUCUCACCUGAUCCUCACUUCUCUGCCCUAUUGUGUUAAAAAAAAUUGCUGAUGUCCGACAAGUAUUGGUAUAACAUGGCAUACCAGAUGUCGCUGUGAAAUGCACAGGUGAAUAAAUGCGUGACCUAUGUACCGAUUUUGCGAAUUUUCUGUUCGAGAGUUGUGUUUCAAGUGGAUUUUUCUUUUGUAACCCAACAAUCAAAGACGGCCCGUGUAAUCUUCUUUCGAACAGAUGCCCCAAUGCUUUGAUCUGCCACUUUUAUGGAUUUAGGACUACUGAUGGUGAGAGGGUAGUAGAGUAUAAUGUAGCGUGAUUGAUUUACUGCUUAGCACAGAACUGCAAAAAACUUUCCAUUUUUAGGUGUAACUCAAAUUGAUUCCCAUCCACUAACCAUUGAUUCUUGUCUUAUUUUUAGCUCUUGUUGAUUUUCCAGACUGCCACGUUUCAGUUUGUGUGUUUUUAGCCCCUCAGAGCACUGACUGUCUGGACCUUGAACACACAAGGUUGACUCUGUUGGCUGAAAUCAGGAUGCAUUUAUGCCGGGCGGGGGUUAGCCUAAACUUUGCAAAGGAUGACUUCACAUACUACGUUAGGUCACUCCUCCUCCUCCUUCCUGGGUUGGUGUUCUUUCCACAUGGCCUCUCCCUCUGCGCACAUAAAAACCAUUCAGGAGGGGGGCUGGCCUGUGGGCGGAGAGUGUGAACGUACCCCUUCCAGAGGAAGUGAGCGCAGAGUAGUGGAAUGUAGUUGCCAUUAGUGGGAAGAAGAGCGUGAAGGUGGCUAACAGCUAGCUUGCUAUGACCAGCUAGAGAUAGACAGAGCAAGGAGAGGGAUGAAAACAUGCCUCACUUCACUGUGGUACCCGUAAAGGAUCGAGGCCAGACAGGCUAUGACAGUCUGGAAGGGAUCAACUGGGUGGACCACAGGGACGGUGGACAGACGGAUCAUCAAGACACUGUCAGCUCUGAUGGACAUGCCAAUCACAAAGAAGACAGCCCGUUCCUCAACAGUGAUGAGACCACAAACAAGAAGAAUGACUUCUACGACAGGAACUUGGCCUUGUUCGAGGAAGAGCUGGACAUCCGACCGAAGGUGUCGUCUCUGCUCAGCCGCUUGGUCAGCUACACAAACAUCACCCAGGGAGCCAAGGAGCAUGAGGAGGAGGAGAGUGCAGAGACUUCACGGAGGAAGACACCCAAGUCUCCCAACAUGGGCACUCUCAUGGGCGUCUACUUGCCGUGCCUCCAGAACAUUUUUGGAGUGAUUCUCUUCCUGCGGCUGACGUGGAUCGUCGGGGUGGCCGGCAUCAUGCAGUCCCUGCUGAUUGUACUCAUGUGCUGCUCAUGUACGAUGCUCACGGCCAUAUCAAUGAGUGCCAUUGCGACUAAUGGUGUUGUUCCAGCUGGAGGGGCCUACUUCAUGAUCUCACGCUCUUUGGGUCCGGAGUUCGGAGGCGCCGUGGGCCUGUGCUUCUACCUGGGCACCACCUUUGCUUCCGCCAUGUACAUCCUUGGUGCCGUUGAAAUAUUCCUGAAAUAUCUCGUCCCCCAGGCGGCCAUCUUUCAUGCCGCAGACCACCAUGGGGCUGACAGCGCGGUGCUGAACAACAUGCGGGUCUACGGCUCCAUCUGCCUCAGCCUCAUGGCCGUGGUGGUUUUCGUGGGAGUCAAAUACGUCAACAAGCUGGCAUCGCUCUUCCUCGCUUGUGUUAUUAUCUCGAUCGUCUCCAUCUACGCCGGUGCCAUCAAGUCCGUAUCUCAUCCACCGGAGUUCCCGAUCUGCAUGCUAGGCAACAGGACUUUGGUCAGAGACCGUUUUGAUGUUUGCGCAAAGACUGUCACCACGGGCAACGUCACAGCGGCCAGUCAGCUGUGGGACAUGUUCUGUCUGCCGGGGAACAUGAGCAGCGCACAGUGUGAUGACUACUUCCUCCAUAACAACGUGACAGAGAUCCAGGGCAUUCCUGGACUGGCUAGUGGAAUAUUUAGAGACAACAUGUGGGGUGACUACCUGCAGAAAGGUGAGAUCCUGGAGAAGGAGGGUCUGGCGUCCGUGGACUCCCACAGCACCAUGGAGAACUUUGGCAUGUAUGUGUCAGCAGACAUCGCCACCUCCUUCAUGCUUCUGGUGGGCAUCUUCUUCCCCUCUGCCACAGGCAUCAUGGCAGGCUCCAACAGGUCUGGAGAUCUCCGGGAUGCCCAGAAGUCCAUCCCCAUUGGAACUAUCUUAGCUAUUACUACCACUACCAUCGUCUAUAUAAGUUCUGUUAUCCUGUUUGGGGCUUGUAUUGAAGGGGUUGUUCUCAGAGACAAGUUCGGGGAUGCAGUUAGGAACAACUUGGUGGUGGGCACUCUCUCCUGGCCGUCCCCAUGGGUCAUUGUGAUCGGUUCCUUCUUCUCCACGGUGGGCGCAGGCCUACAGUCACUCACAGGAGCUCCCAGACUCCUCCAGGCCAUCGCCAAGGACAACAUCAUCCCUUUCCUCAGAGUGUUUGGCCAUGGGAAGACCAAUGGCGAGCCAACUUGGGCGUUGUUACUGACCGGAUUCAUCGCUGAGCUUGGUAUCCUGAUUGCCUCAUUGGAUAUGGUGGCUCCUAUCCUUUCUAUGUUUUUCCUGAUGUGCUAUCUCUUUGUAAACCUGGCCUGUGCCGUGCAAACGCUGUUGCGCACACCCAACUGGAGGCCCAGAUUUAGAUAUUACCACUGGGCUCUGUCCUUUCUGGGUAUGAGUAUGUGCUUGGCUCUGAUGUUCGUCUCUUCCUGGUAUUACGCUAUUGUGGCCAUGGGUAUUGCAGGGAUGAUCUACAAGUACAUUGAGUUCCAGGGAGCAGAAAAGGAAUGGGGAGAUGGAAUAAGAGGACUGUCGCUUAGUGCUGCACGUUAUGCCCUCUUAAGGCUAGAGGUGGGACCCCCGCACACCAAAAACUGGAGACCUCAGCUGUUGGUGCUGUCCAAGCUGGAUGAGGAUCUCCACGUCAAAUAUCCGCGACUCUUGACCUUUGCCUCGCAGCUGAAGGCAGGGAAGGGGCUGACCAUAGUGGGAUCUGUCAUCCAAGGGAACUUCCUGGAAAGCUAUGGGGAACUGCAGGCGGCAGAACAGACCAUCAAGAACAUGAUGGAUAUCGAGAGGGUCAAGGGUUUCUGCCAAGUCGUGGUGGCGUCCAAGGUGCGGGAAGGCAUCGUUCACCUGAUCCAGUCCUGCGGUCUUGGGGGCAUGAAGCACAACACGGUGGUGAUGGGCUGGCCGUACGGUUGGAGGCAAAGCGAGGACCCACGAGCAUGGAAGACCUUUAUCAACACAGUUCGUUGCACCACCGCGGCCCACCUGGCCCUAAUGGUCCCUAAAAACGUGUCGUUCUACCCGAGCAACCACGAGCGCUUCACCGAUGGCAGCAUCGACGUGUGGUGGAUCGUCCACGAUGGGGGGAUGCUCAUGCUGCUGCCUUUCCUGCUCAAGCAACACAAAGUGUGGCGAAAGUGCAGAAUGCGUAUCUUCACUGUAGCCCAGAUGGACGAUAACAGCAUCCAGAUGAAGAAAGACUUAGCCACGUUCCUCUACCAGCUGAGGAUUGAGGCCGAAGUGGAAGUGGUGGAGAUGCAUGACAGCGACAUCUCGGCGUACACGUACGAGCGCACGCUAAUGAUGGAGCAGAGGUCUCAGAUGCUGAGGCAGAUGCGGCUGUCCACUGCAGAGAGGCAGCGAGAGGCCCAGCUGGUGAAGGACAGACACUCGCUGGUGCGAAUGGGCAGUCUGUACUCAGACGAGGAGGAGGAGUCGGUGGAGACUCCUCCGCCCGAGAAGAUCCAGAUGACGUGGACGAAGGAGAGGUGCGAGGCCGAGAAGAGGAACAGAAACAAUGCGCCGGAAAACUUCAGAGAACUGAUGAGCCUUAAACCGGACCAGUCCAACGUGCGGCGGAUGCACACGGCCGUCAAGCUGAACGAGGUGAUCGUAAACCGGUCCCACGAUGCUCGCCUGGUGCUCCUCAACAUGCCAGGGCCGCCUCGCGACGCAGACGGAGACGAGAACUAUAUGGAGUUUCUGGAGGUUUUGACCGAAGGUUUGGAAAGAGUGCUGCUCGUCCGAGGAGGGGGUCGAGAGGUCAUCACCAUCUACUCAUGACCAAAAGAGUUACUGUACAUUCCACCUGAAAGCUUUAUGUGCUCUAGCAUCAAAAUGUUUCAAAGCAUUUCAAGUCGUUAUUUUUUUUUAUGUCAUGAAUUUGACUUCAGUGUUCAAAUACACGAGCAGACAUUUUAGAGCAACAACAGGAGGGUUUUUGUUUAUUUUCUGAUGGGGAUUUGUUACGGCUCUUGCGAUUGUAAGGCGAAUAUGGGACGAUAUUAUUUAUUUAUUUAUUAUUUGUCACUUUUCACAUGUCCCCUUCAACCUUACGUUACAAGCGUUUUGUAAAUGUGCAUGCUACAAAUUUCAGUUUAUUUCUUUUCGGGAUUUACUGAUGUUUUUUUUUGCCAGUGACAUUUUUUUUAUCGAAUGUUUGCACGUCUUAUUUUUUUCUGUAAAUAUGUACAAAUGGUGUAGGGAACCACUGGGUCUUUCUGUUAUUAGAAGAUCUUUAAAAACAAAUGUUUGCUUGACACGGAACGGAUUACGGAAGUCAAAUUGUAAUGUGCAGUUAUUCAGCUCAAGCAACGCUAGGAACUUGUCUUUGCUUCUGUUUUUAACUCAUUUCAAUUUAGUGAAUUUAUUCAAAGAAAAAAUGAUAUAGUUUAUAUGUUUUUUGGUAUUUUAGUUGUAUUAUUUUGUCUUUUAAAGCAGUAUUGUUGGCCACAAUUUACAUCCACCAAUGUGUAGCAACCUUUAUUUUAUAAAUUCAUGUGGGCAGUUCUAACUUUAAAAAAAAGCUGUAUUGUUAUUUUUUAGAGUAACUAAGCUUUACUUUUUUUUUUUUUACAUAUUUGUGACUGUGUGAAAUGAUGACUUGAGUCAUUUGAAUAAAUUAUUUUAUGUACAAAA